AUGGCCGCACGACCGCCCAUCGCAUCGCCAGUGGCUGCGGUACCGCCGUUUCCGACCGGCGCCGCCAUCAACGUCAACGUCCCCGAGAACUCGUCCGUCUGGGACCGGUUAACGACAUGGGCCUCCGAGAACAAGGCCGCGGUCUACACAAUUGCUGGUAUUGCCGUGGUUGUGACGGGCGCGGGCGUGGUGUACUACUCGAAGAAGGCCGCGGCCCAGGAAGCCACGCCAAAGCUGAGCAAGAAGGAGCGGCGGAAACGGAAAGAGGCUGAGCGCAAGGCCGCUGCAGAGGGCAAGUCGGCGUCGGCGACUGAGAGCGACGACUCGUCGUCCAAGAAGACCACGGCCGCCUCCGUGGCCCCCGCCGCCGAGGAGGAGCUGCCCGAGAUCACCGAGGCGUCGGUCGGCGCCAUGAGCCUCGACGAGCGCAAGAAGAUGGCGCUCAAGCUUAAGGAAGCCGGCAACAAGGCAUACGGCGCCAAGGACCUGGACCGCGCCAUUGACCUCUAUUCCAAGGCUAUCCUGUGCAAGCAGGACCCCGUGUACUACUCGAACCGCGCCGCAUGCUACAGCGCCCUCAACAACUGGGAAAAGGUCGUCGAGGACACGACUGCCGCCAUCAACAUUGACGCCGAGUACAUCAAGGCCCUGAACCGCCGCGCCAACGCCUACGACCGCCUCGGCAAGUACAGCGAGUCGCUGCUCGACUACACCGCCAGCUGCAUCAUCGAUGGCUUCAAGAACGAGGCCAGUGCCCAGGCCGUCGAGCGCCUGCUCAAGAAGUUCGCAGAGACCAGGGCCAAGGAGAUCAUGGAGACCCGCUCCGCCAAGCUGCCCAGCCCGACCUUUGUCGGCAACUACCUGCAGAGCUUCCGCCCCAAGCCGCGCCCCGCCGGCCUCGACGACGACGCCGACCUCGCCGAGAACUCAGGCAAGGGCCAGCUGCGCCUGGGCCUGCAGUCGCUCGACAAGAAGACGGCCGACGGCUACGAGGAGGCGUCUGCCGCCUUCUCCAAGGCCGUCGCCCUCGGCAACCUCGGCGAGUUUGAUGCGCUGGCCUACAACCUGGUUGGCACCUUUGCCUGCCUGCUGGGCAAGCACGAGGAGGCGCUGACCGCGCUGACCAAGAGCAUCGAGCUGGACCCGUCCAUGACACAGAGCUACAUCAAGCGCGCGAGCAUGAACCUGGAGCUCGGCGCGCCGUCCAUGGCCGAGGAGGACUUUACCAAGGCGCUGGCGCAGAACAAGGACGACCCGGACAUCUACUACCACCGUGCGCAGCUGCACUUUAUCAAGUCCGAGUUCGGCGAGGCUGCCAAGGACUACCAGAAGUCGAUCGACCUCGACCGCGACUUUAUCUUCUCGCACAUCCAGCUCGGCGUCACGCAGUACAAGCUGGGCUCCAUCGCCUCGUCCAUGGCGACGUUCCGGCGGUGCGAAAAGAACUUUACCAAGGUGCCGGACGUGUAUAACUAUCACGGCGAGCUGCUCCUGGACCAGGGCCGGUACCAGGAUGCCAUUGAAAAAUUCGACAAGGCCAUUGAGAUGGAGAAGGAGACCAAGCCUAUGAAUAUGAAUGUCCUGCCCCUCAUCAACAAGUCGCUGGCCGUGUUCCAGUGGAAGCAAGACUUCUCCGAGGCCGAGAAGCUGUGCUCCAAGGCACUGAUCAUCGACCCCGAAUGCGACAUUGCCGUCGCUACCAUGGCCCAGCUUCUGCUGCAGCAGGGCAAGGUCACCGACGCCCUCACCUACUUUGAGCGCGCCGCCGACCUGGCCCGCACCGAGGGCGAGCUCGUUAAUGCCCUGUCGUACGCCGAGGCCACCCGCACACAGAUUCAUGUCCAGGAGAAGUACCCGGCCCUUGCGGCCAAACUCCAGGGCAUGGGCAGCGUCAUGCGGUAA